AUGGAGACCAUUGAAGCUUGGAUCCAAGAUAUACUGGAGAACUUACAGGCACCACAAAUGGAGGUAUUCUUUAUACUUCUCUGGUCAAUUUGGGUUGAACGUAACUAUGUGGUUUGGAAUGGUUCAAGAGUGGAUCCAAGGGAGACGGUGAGAUGGGUAAUGGCUUUGUUGGACGAGUACAAGCGAGCUCAACCUGUGGCAAAUAAAGGAAAGAGAAGUAGACAAGAAGAGAGGUGGAUUUUUCCUCCUAGAGGCAAACUGAAACUCAACCUCGACGGGGCUUAUAGAGAGGACGGAUCGGGAGGAGCUGGUAUGUUGGUGAGAGAUGAGAAGGGCAUUGUUAAGGGAGCGUGGUCAGUGCAUUUGACCAAUUUAAAUUCUCCCCUACAGGCCGAGGCUAUGGCAUGCAGAGAAGGGUUGAGGAGAGCAGUAGAACAAGGUUGGCUCAACAUUGAUGUUGAGAGUGAUUGUGAAGUUCUGGUGGCGGCUCUGAACGGUGAGAACGGUGGUGGAUUGGAGGUUAGUCGGAUUAUUGAUAAUUGUCGUUACUAUUUGAUUUUAUUAAACAAUAGUGUGGUCAGACAUAUCUAUCGUGAAGCAAAUAAUGGUGCUCAUAGGUUAGCCCAUUUUGCUAGUUAUAAUAAUGUAAUAGAGCUAAGUGUUGGUUUAGUUCCUAUAUUUUUACAAGAUGUCCUCUAUGAGGAUUCAUGUAAUGCUAGCUUCUAG